CCCGGUGCCAACGGAGGAGACGUCCGCCAACGCGUCCUCGACCAGGAUAAAUAGGAGGAAACCUCGAGGGAACCACCGAGAGCAGUCGACAUGUGGCCGAAAACGGCGCUCCUGAUAUGUUGCAUCAUCGCGUGCACGCUCGCGGACGAUGCGCCUCGAAGCAAGGCCGUAACCGUCGAAGAAUUCGUAACGUCACACAAAUUGCCGGAGAGUAUCGCGAGACCGUCGGAGUACGACGACAACGACGAGGACGAGGACGACGACGUUGUCGACGUGGAGAGGAAAGCGUUCACGAAGGACGGAAAGCACACGAAGAAAGUUAUUCAACGGCUCGAAAGUUUCGAUAAGAAGUCGGCCAAUCUCGACCCCGUGAGACGUUUCGAUUCCGGCGACGAUGACAAAACGGACGGUAACCCCGCGAAGCGACAAGUUCGCGUCGAGCUCGAAAACUUUAGCGACACCGGCGUCCUCCAGGAGGCGGGAGUUCGAAGAUCGGAUUCGUACAGAUCGCGGACGGAAAAUCAGAGGGACUCCGUGAUUCCUGGAGUCCACGUCAGCGACGAAUAUCCAACUACCAUGAUCCCGGUGUUGACGACACCGCGCGAAGCUCGUGGCUUCGACUUCGUCCCCGUCAACAUCAUUCGCGACGAUGGCAAGGAGACGUCGUUCCGCGAUCGAAACUUCGGCGAUUUCAGCGACGUCAGUUUAGUGCCAGCGGGCACGAACUCGCGAAUCCAGGUAAAGAAAGGGCCGAACGGGAAGGACUACGAAUACGAGUACGUAUAUUAUUACUAUGACGAGGAGGAUGAGAAUAAGGCGGGUUCAACGGACUCGGCCGUCACCAAUUCUUACGACGUUCCUUCUAGAACGACGUCCGCGCCUAGGCGCGGCGGAUCGUCCAGCAACAACAAAAACAAGUACAGUAGCGCGGAAAGGUCGAGUACCGUGGAGCCUGCUAGCAACGAAGUAAUACCGAAUAGAAACGGGAACAGAGGCAGGCAAUUGGUCGACGCCGAGGACGUCUCUGAGGAGAGACUCCCGACGAAUACCAGAUUUCCACCGAGAUCGCGAUCGAACCACAACACGGGAACUACAGAACCGUCUCGAACGCGUGGAAAUCGUCCCAGACCGAGUUUGGACCUCGUCGACUCCAGCAGUUUCCGUACGCACCAAGAGGGCCCGGAAUUCCCUCAGGUUUUACCGAAGGGACCAUUGAGAUUUCUAGGAGUCACUCCGAACGAGGACACCGACGAUAAAGCAACGACCAGAGGGCGCGGUAGGCCCCAGAGAGUUCAGGAACCAGCUCCCGUCGAAGAGGAAGUCGAGGACGCGCCAGCUCCCACGACCAGAAGGAGGCCACUGAGCACCCCCCCGCCUGAAGUUGAAUCCGACUCGUCUAGCAGCGAAUCUUCCGGAGAGAGCGACAAGGAAGACUCGUCUCCUCUGUCCCUAGAUAAAGUCAAAGACAAAUCGUCUUCUGAGUCGAAGCAAGACUCCGAGGAAUUGGAUUCCUCUUCGAUUUCCGCGAGCACCGCCUCGUCUAUUACCGACAAUCCCACCACCGAAUAUCCGUCGUCGAUGGACAAGGUCGCUCUAGAUCUAUACGCUUUCGUGCAGCAAGGUCAAAAUAACCUGGUGGACGCGUCCAGCAGCGAAUCGACCUUAUCCUCGGACGGAACCACCCCCACGGACGACGAAACAACUACCGAUCUCGCAAACUCGACGGAAUUGUCAGCCACCACGGUGACCCUCGAACCCACUACCACGACCACUACCACGGAGCCGACGACCACCACAACUACGACCACCACUACGACCACCACCACGACCACAACCACGGAACCACCCACGACAACGACCCAGGCACCCGCUGGAAGAGGAAAGUUCCGAAGGCCAGGCAUCGGAGGAACUUCGGGUACUCGAAAUAGAUUCAAAUCAAACGGAGGUGGUAGCACAACGACUACCGAGGCUUCCGCGGAACCGACGCAACGCACCCGAGGACGUUUCGGCGGGAACGGGUCGAACGGCGGUGGUUUCAAGAGACCUCGACCUGGCCACAAGCAACCCGUCGAAGAGGACGCGGUGCAGAAGGAGAGUUCGAGUUCCGUUCACGCGGAACGACCGUCCAGCACCACCCGCGGCAGGUUCCGAGGCACCGGUUCAACGAGAUCGGCCGUCUCCACGACGCCGUCUUCCGUGUCCAACGGUGGCUCGACCGCCUCGUCCAACGGAUUGUCCGGUAUAUCGAGGCCGUCGUUCAACAAACUGAACGGCAAUCGGCGUCGCGUCAGACCCACCACCGCGACGCCGAACGCCAGCGAGGAGAGCCAAGAAUCCACGCGUUCGGAAACGGCGAAGGAAACCUCGCAGGAACCGGUUACAGCUGCACCGAAAUCGAACGUUCGUUCGAGGCUUCCUUCGCCCGGAGCGAGACCCGUCAUUAAACCGGGUGGCGUUCGAGUGAAUCUCAGACCGAAACCAGGUCAAUCGACGACCACCACGACCACGACGAUCCCGCUUCCGGCGGAUGCCUCGGACGAGGCGUCUAUCGAUGAGCCAGCCGGAGAAGGAACGGAGGAGGAGACUCACGAGGCCCCCGCUGAAACCAGCCCGCCGCCGACGCGUUCGACCACGGUGAACCCUCUGAACAAAUUACGCAACAGAAACAGACUGCAGGUCCAUCCGAAAACGACCACCAGGUCGCCGGUGCCUUUGGCGUCCAGAAGGUCGCCGUUGCUGCCGCGUCGCAAAGUGACCGAGUCGCCGGUUCAACAGACCAGCCAGGAGGAGGGGUCGGAGGAACCGGAAACCUCCGGCGAGACGGAAACCACCGAGGCGACAUCCGCGGAGACCAGCACGGCCGCGAGCACGCGACACGAGGAGACCAGAGGGCUCGGGGGACUUUUGGCGCCCAGGCGCAGGAUAGCGCCGCGACGCCCCGGGCAGAUCGUGCCCCGUGAAUAAACCUGAGACCUGCGCUUCCCGCGAACGAGGACUCGGUGCACGAGGAUGAACAAAAAACAAAAACUUCCAUCCAUCGAGACACUUGGCGAGAAUCCUCAUCGCGACGAGAUCCAAGACGACUCGGGUGACUCAGAACACGGCUUGACGAGUCGAUGAUGGCGUUAUAGAAAUCAUAGAUACGAGAGAGUCUCGUCGGAGAUGGAAACGUAACGGCCGAUCGACGGGAGCGUGAUAGAUAAAAAGAAAACUCGGUGGAAUUGAGUUUCGCGACAGAUAUAUGUACGUUUCAGGGCGGCUGAUCCUCAAAUAAUUGACGAACCUUGUUAAAUUACGCUCCAAAGUACCGUUGCAAGUCCAUCGAGAACGAACGAUCGUAACGUUGAAUGACGGAGGGAGGGGGGAGGUCGGAACGUGCUAUUAUUAUUAUGUUUUCCGAAUUCAGGCACGAGAUAACGCGUAUGUACACAUUUCCUAUUAUGCGAACGCAAACUAAAAAGUCGAUGUACAUAGUAAAUUUCUUUGCAACGAUCCACGGAUAUUAUCGCGAUGGUCGAAAUCGUAACCGUCGGCGCGCACCCAACGAUUUCGUUUUCGAAUUUUCAAGACAACGUGCGCGAGAACCGCAAUUGGAAACGACAAUACGAUUCGUCAUCUUUAUUUAAUAGCUAAGCGACGACGACCACGGAAAGUCACAGCACUAUGCCAUUGCUGAAGCGAUCGACGAUACGUAUCCCCUCGAGUUGCGUACUUA